CAUUACCAGAGAAUCAACAAAUCUAGUUUCAUUCCUCCAAUCCAGUACAAUUUUUUGAUCAAAUUCCAUUUGCAGGGGUGCGAAAAUGGCAACUGCAGAGGCUUCCAAGGAUUCAACACAGCAGGUCAGCCGCCACCAGGAGGUGGGGCACAAGAGUCUCCUUCAGAGCGAUGCUCUCUAUCAGUAUAUAUUGGAAACCAGUGUGUAUCCCCGCGAGCCUGAGCCAAUGAGGGAGCUCAGAGAAAUAACUGCUAAGCAUCCAUGGAAUCUGAUGACUACUUCGGCUGAUGAGGGCCAAUUUCUACAUCUGUUGUUGAAGCUCAUCAAUGCCAAGAACACCAUGGAGAUUGGUGUGUAUACUGGUUACUCCCUUCUCAGCACUGCUCUUGCCCUGCCUGAUGAUGGAAAGAUCCUAGCAAUGGACAUAAACAGGGAGAACUAUGAAUUGGGUUUGCCUGUAAUUCAAAAGGCAGGUGUUGCCCACAAAAUUGACUUCAGAGAAGGCCCUGCCCUGCCAGUUCUUGAUCAAAUGUUGGAAAAUAAGGAAAUGCAUGGAUCCUUCGAUUUCAUAUUUGUGGACGCAGACAAAGACAAUUAUCUGAAUUACCACAAGCGGCUGAUUGAUCUGGUGAAGAUUGGGGGAGUGAUCGGCUAUGACAAUACUCUGUGGAAUGGAUCAGUGGUGGCUCCACCCGAUGCCCCAUUAAGGAAAUAUGUGAGAUUUUACAGAGACUUUGUAAUUGAACUGAAUAAGGCCCUGGCUGCAGACCCUCGUAUUGAAAUCAGCCAAAUUCCAGUAGGAGAUGGCAUCACUCUCUGCAGAAGAGUUAUUUGAAGGAGUUCAAAGGUUUGAGGGUUUGGCCUGCUAUACAUUGUUUUUUCCUUCUACUUAUAAUAAAACUGAGAUUCAAAGCUUGAAAAAAGAUGUGUUCAUCCCAUUUCCAGAAUUAAUUUUCCCAUAAGCUGUUUCCUGAAUGUUGCAUAAGGCAAGACAAUGGAGUGAUUUAAGAACAGCCCACACAAAAAUGUAAUGGUUAUAACCUUGUCUGGACAUCUAUGGGGGAUUUCUCCAUGUUUCAGACCAAAGGUGGAUGUAAAAACCAUGAUCUGAAAAUCAGAGUGAUGAUAAAUUUAUGUAAUGAAGUUGAAGUGUUACAUGCUCUA